CCCGAGCUAGACCAGCCCUUUCUCUGUCCCAAUUCCCAACGGCCAAUCAAAUCACGACUGCCCUGGGUUCGCCGUCAUUUCUUCGUUAGUCGGCGGCGAUGUGACUCCCGUGGGCCGUGUUCGACGGUCAUUCCUUGACAAAGCCAAAAAGAACACCAGAGCAAUAUAACAGUGACAGGGCAGAGGGUGAGAGUUGGAGGGAACUGUGGGAAAGGUGGGAACGGUGAUUCGGUCAAUUGGACGCUCCGUCAUCUCCCACUGAAGUCAAUUCCAGUCUUUCUAUUACCUUCCCCACUUCUCUCUCGCUCAGAGCAAUUCUCCUUCAAUGUUGAGCUUGAGAUCUUCAGGGAAUUUGGGAUUUUGGUUCUGAUUCAAGUCGGUUCUCUGCUGUCGAAGGCCCUUCCAUCAUGUUAUCCAACCAUAUCCAGAACGGCAUGGAAACAGCGAAGCUUGCCUGGUCUCGAUUACCGAACUCGGAGGAAGCUGAAGUUCAUGGUGGAGCAGACUUCACGAGUACGAGUGAUGGUAACGGCGCUGAGAGUCUCGACUAUGAAGUUAUUGAGAAUUACGCCUACAGGGAAGAACAGGCGCAAAGAGGGAAGUUCUUAAGUGGAUAUUAUGUGGUCCUGAAAUGGCUCCUUGCGUUGCUGAUCGGUAUCGGAACUGGAUUAGCUGCUAUUUUUAUUAAUAUUGCUGUUGAGAACUUUGCUGGAUGGAAGUUCUCGGCAACUUUUUCCAUAAUACAAACUUCAUACUUGGCGGGAUUUGUGGUGUACAUACUACUCAACUUGGUUUUAGUCUUUUCAUCUGUAUUUAUCAUCACACAAUUUGCACCAGCCGCAGCAGGAUCUGGUAUUCCUGAAAUUAAGGGGUAUUUGAACGGAGUUGAUACACAUGGUAUCCUUCUUUUCAGAACAUUGAUUGGAAAGAUACUUGGAAGCAUUGGUUCAGUGGGAGGCGGUCUUGCUCUUGGCAAAGAAGGCCCUCUUGUCCACACAGGUGCUUGUAUUGCAUCUUUGCUUGGAAAAGUUGGAUCUACGAAAUAUCAUCUAAGAUCAAGGUGGCUCCAAGUAUUCCAGAGUGAUCGUGAUUGUCGUGAUCUUGUAACCUGUGGAUGUGCAGCUGGAGUUGCUGCUGCAUUUAGAGCUCCAGUUGGUGGUGUGUUAUUUGCACUUGAAGAGGUUACAUCUUGGUGGAGGAGUCAACUUAUGUGGCGUGUCUUUUUCACAUCUGCUGUUGUGGCUGUCGUGAUUCGUACUGCCAUGACCUGGUGUGGAAGUGGAAAGUGUGGACAUUUUGGGUCUGGAGGCUUCAUAAUCUGGGAUGUUUCUGGUGGUCAAGAGGACUACUCGUUUGAGGAAUUAUUGCCAAUGGCUUUCAUUGGGGUGAUUGGAGGUCUUCUUGGGGCCUUAUUUAAUCAGCUUACUCUUUACAUAACUCGUUGGCGUCGACAAUAUUUGCAUAAGAAAGGGAAUAGAGUGAAGAUUAUUGAAGUCUGCCUUGUCUCUCUGUUAACAUCAACCAUUUCCUUUGGAUUACCACUUCUAAGAAAAUGCAGUCCAUGCCCAGAGUCAGAAGCUAAUUCUGGUAUGGAAUGCCCGCGCCCACCAGGAAUGUAUGGAAAUUAUGUGAGGGUAAGCUUUCAAGUUCUAACUGGGUUCGUUUGUCUUUUAUAUCAAGGGUAAAUGCUCGAGACUUCA